AUGAAUACCAAGGAAGAACACAUUCAAGAAUUAAAGCGGUUGAAGGAUCUGACCACUGUCCCUUCUGUCCAGAAAGUACUGGAGGAUUUGAUCACUGAAAAUCGUGUGAUGCGAGAGCCAAUAAGGCGGUCCAAGGCACAGAUACAAACAAUAUAUAUUACCACUGGGUUUGCUUGGAAUCAAACCCCAACAUCCAUUAUAAUAUACAUCAACUUUAAGGAUGCAGGCACUCUUUCCACGGACAAUUGCUCCAUGAAUACAACACCCAGAAGCCUCGAAUUCAACGUUUUUAAUCAUAACAGCGCGCAUCACAAAUUCAAAAUCAAUCAACUGUACAGUUUCAUACAACCUGAAAAAUCCUCAUUCAAGCUCAAAGAACACAAAAUAGUGAUCAGCUUGACCAAAAAGAACCUUGAUAGCGUCUGGCUAGAUUUAAGAAUGAAAUCAACUCAAAAGACAUACCAAGAGCUGGAGAGAUAUGAAAAGAUAAACGGCCCGAAGCGCAACAACAUCAAUGGCAACAAUAAUGCAAAUUACGAUACCCCUUUCAAAGAAGGUAGCUACUGCUCGCAUCAUCUUGCUCAAGGGGAGCCUAGCUAG